AUGGCCCCCAAUCCUCAGUGCACCGCCCUCGCCGCCGCCAAGGACAGGAAAGGCCUGUCCUAUGAGCAGAUCGCCUCUCAACUCGGCACUUCCGAGCAGCACGUCGUCGAUAUCUGCACGGGGUCGAAGCACCCCACCACCACCGAGUUCGACGCCCUCGCCCGCGUCCUCGGUAUCACCGCUCCACCUCCCUCGGACGGCGCGCACGUCCGUGUUUGA